AUGACCUUAUCCGCCCCUUCCCCUUCGCGCCCGCCCUCCUCGCGCCAGGAAGGCACCACCAGCAGACCGCACCCCAUCACCACCACCGCCGUCUCCUCCACCUCCACAACGCCCUUGCAGACCCCGCGGAAGGACCCCUCCUCGCUUGCUCCCUCCCCCUCCGUCUCGAAACGUUCCAGCUUUGCAGAGAGCCUGAACCUCAGGCAAUAUCCCUCCUCGCCCCGCGCACAGCGAACCCAUUCCUUCUCCGGCUCAGCGUGGACCGAAUUGCUCAUGAAUCCCUCUACCAAGGCCAAUGGCCCCGACGAAAGAUUCAAGGGGAGAGACUGGAGCACUGUACAAGUGCAAGAGAUUAUAGAUCCCACCGAGACGCGUUUCGUCGAGUUGGAAACUAGCAUUGAGGACACCACAAAGCUGCUCGUCAGGUCUGGCGCACCCAACGUUGUACUCAUCAGGGAGUCGACCAAGACCAAGACUGCGAUUGGCACCUUUGACUACUCCGACCUCAAUGCCUACCUCCUGCUCGUACUUGGCCUUUCACAGGCAGACGAGGAAGCUGGUCAAGUAGCCGAGAGGGCGCGCACCGGAGAUGCCAUUCCUCUCCAAGACAUUCAGCACCACCUGGGAGCGAGGGAAGAGCCGGUAUUCCUACCCCAUACAGCAAAUCUCACGCAAGCAGUAGAGUCGCUGGGCAGUGGGCAUCAUCGGGUCAUCAUCACAAAAGAGGGCACAGGGGAGGCGCUGGGUGUUCUGAGUCAACUGAGGCUGGUGCGCUUCUUCUGGGAGAACCAUCAGAGCUUCCAUGCCACAGAGAAGCUAUACCAAUUGACUCUCAAAGAGCUGGACAUUGGAGCGAAAGACGUGCUGGCCAUUAAUGGCGAUAAACCUCUGGCCGACGCGCUGAGAUUGAUGCACAACGAGGGCAUCACAUCGCUACCUGUGCUCGAUCAGAAUCGCAAUGUCGUUGGCAACAUCAGCCACGUCGAUGUCAAGGUGAGGGCGGACGCGUUCUGUGGGACGUGAAGCAAUGCUAACACGCAAUAGCUUCUGACUGACACAUCCGCCAUCCCUCUCCUCUCUGCUACCUGCAUCCACUUCAUCUCCGUCAUCCUGUCCGAACGAGGUGUCGACAACGGCAAGGACUCCUACCCCGUAUUCUACAUCAAUCCAUAUUCGACGCUUGCGCACACGGUCGCGAAGCUGUGCGCAACGCGUUCUCACAGGAUGUGGGUCGUCGACGCGCCAUCGCCCAGCCCCAGCGUCCCACCCUCACCUGGACCACAUCAGGUCAUGCCGCCCAUGGGCCUACAACAUGGCAGCAUCAACAUUCAACACAACACUCCAAUCACCACACCGGCGCGACAAGGCUCAAUGAGCGAGCAGAUGACACCGGGACCGCCUUUCACGUCAGUCAAUCCAGGAGUAUCCGUCUCCGCUGCAUCUCUGCCUGGUGCCAACAUGUCUGGUCGGUUAUCUGGUGUAGUGUCGCUGACGGACAUUCUGAAUCUCUUCGCUCGUGCAAGCGGCCUUCAUCCGGGUGACCCAGAGGAGACGCGCCGGCGGCGGAGGCAGAGCAGCAGCUCGAGUGUGCGGCCGAGCAUGGAUAGUGUAAGGCCUAGUAUGGACAGUCUGAGGGCGAGCCAAGAUCUUUCGAAGAGCGUAGAGCAGCUCGCCCGUAGCUCUAGCAAGUCAUCGGAGAGGUCGAGGAGGUGA